AUGGUGGCACUGAAAAGGCUGUUUCAACCUGAGCGCACGCCAUCGCGGCCAUUCACCAGCCCUAGGUCAAGUGGCGCGGAGUCGGACGAACCGUAUUUUGGUACUGUUGAGUCUCCCACUCGAACUAAGCUUCGGUCUGGCUUUUUAUCUGCCGGUCCUCCAUCGCCGGCACUUCAGUCGCCCGGCCUUCACGCCUUCCAGGCUCAUGAUGUGGCACAUCACUUCGAUCAGAUCGAGAAACAGUUUGAAGAUCUACACCAGAGUCUAGGUCAACGGCCGUUGUCGUCUCAGUCGCAGUUGCCGUCGCCCGUACCAGGCCGUCUUGUCCCAAAAGAUCCCAAUGCUCGGCACAUCGAUUUAAUGGACGCGGUUGCUUCCUCCGAGCAAUUCCAAGAACCCAGCACGGAGGUCGCGUCGCCUCCCACUAGUCCAUAUAACGAAGAUGUAGCCGAACGGAACAUGACCAGAUUUCUUCGCAUCCAGUAUCGGAGUGGGCUGGCCGGCUCCCGGAUAUUGUCUGCACUAUACCAAGAGGAUGUGGCGGACAGGAACAUUGCGAAGUACGGGAGUACAUCGCGCUCACUUUCGUCAAUGAGCUCUCGCUCGUCCCCUCCCGCGCCUGGAAGAGUGCGCAACCUCAGCCCAAAUGGGCAAAGAAAGCGCAAUCCCAGGAAACCCCAGUGGACUUCGGAUGGUGAUUUGCGUAAUCGCUCUGCCUCUCGGGAUACCGCCUCGGGCACUUGGUCGAGAAUUUCACAGACUAGCAGCCUGCUUCGUCAACAAAGAUCAGCGCCGAAUAUGCAUCCAGAUGAUGAUACAGAAGAGGCACCAGCUCCCGUGAUUCGGCGGCUGGGCGUUCCGCCAGUCUAUAAACAGGGCAAGCGAUGGAGCCACACGCCACUGCCAGACAGCCCAACGCUACCCCCACCAUCAAGUGAUGGCGGCGGCGGCAGUGACAAUCGUGGAGAAAGCACCGCAGUGCCCCGACCUCCCCUCACGACUUCCCGGAGCUCAUCACUAACUGCGAGAUCAUUAUCUCCCCCUCCUUCCUCAGGGUCAACCUCCCGGAAAAACGUGCGAGAUCUAUCUAUUAAUACGGAGCUAGCCGCUCACGGCCGGCCAAAGAUUGCGCACCGCGCUAUUCAACCCCCAACACCCUCCGACUUUGGGACGAAGCGGGCACCCAGCAUUGCAGAGGUCAUGCACAGUCCUUUGCCUGCGCCUAGUCCUCCACGGCCCUCCCCUCGGUUCAAGGUCUCGGAGAUGAUGGAUUUGUUCAACAAAGCAUAUAUGUCCUCACAGGCCCUGAGCCCCCACCCUACCUAUGAGAGUCUUCAAGAUGCCAUUGUUCGGGAAAUCAACUCCCACGAGGCUUUUAAGAAAGUUCCUGUUCCUGCUGCUGGACCACCAUUUACUCCUUCGCCGACCCGGGAGACCUUCGAACAUCGUCCCAGGUCUGCACAGCCAGGAUUGAGCCGCAGUGCCUCUGCCGGAUCAAUCUCCAAAAUCAUAAGGAAGAGCUCAUUCAAGAAACACAAGCGAAAUGCCGGAUCCCAACAGAGCAUCUCCACAAUUACCCCUACAAAGGGAUAUGACCGCAUUUUCCGCAAAACCUCUCCCUCCACUUCUCGCCGACGGCACACUGAUGCCCCAGCCCCAUCUCCGGGUCUCCUCGCCGACAUCAAGCAGUCACAGGAAACAGCCUCGCCGGUGCAGCUGACAUACAUGGACGUGCUAUACCGCGCCGGCAACGACACGUGUGCUACCUCCAGCUCCAAGAACCCGCAUGCAUCGUGGAAGCGCGGACGCUCGGACUCGACGUCUAAUCUGUCUGCCAUGGCCCGCGCCAACUCGGACAGGCCCCGUACCCCAGGCCCCGUGGGUGCUGUGUAUUGCAUGCAAGCACACUCCACGUCGUCCAGGGAUAGCCAGAGCAGUAUCUCUCACGAGGACAGCGACGACGACAUCAUCCACCUCCCGAGUGUCGGCGCUCCGCCCCCGCGGGUGCAGAUCGAGGGAGUCGACGAAAACAACGUCCGCUACGUGAUUGAUUCUGCAACCGCUGCCGAUGCGCAGAAACUGAUGAGCUGGCCGCAGCGCUCGCGCCGCACGAACCCCCCCGCGCCCACUUCAGCACCGUGUGAGGACAGCUUGUCUCCGCUGUCCCGCACACAAAUGCAGCUCCGCGGUGCCCGGUCUGUCGAGACUUGCUAG